AAAAUUCAAAUUCGCUCUCUCUUCUCUCUAGCAAUGGCGCUUUCUUCAGCUUUCAAGGAGAGACUCGAUCAAAUGGAGUUCACCAGAAACCAACGACUCGAUCUUCUCCAGGCGGAGAAAGAGUUACAAGUGAACAAAUCACAGAUUUUAGCAUCGAAGCACACAAGUAUACAAUCCAUAGAACGCAGAUGUUUGAUGCUAGACCAGAAAAUCGCUGCACAAAACCUCAAGAUCACAAUUCUCAGAUCUAGCAUCGAAGAUCUCGAUUCCAAAUAUCACGGCUCUAUACAACAGUUGAGGAGCCUGAAGAGUGAGGUUGAAGAGCUGAGAGAGUUAGACGAAGAAAGGGACAAGUAUUACAAGGUGAAAUGUUCAGAGAUGAAUGAGUUUAUGCAAAAUGUUGAGAGGUUUAGAUUAGAGAACCGGUUACAAAUCGAGAACCUGAGAAACCGAAUCAAAGAGCUUAACUCAACGUUCGAGGAAAUUUAUGAGAAGAACAGUUAUCUGCAGAACACAAAUUAAGAUACCUGGAACCGUAGUUUAUCACGGUAGAACCUUCGGAUGCAAGAGUACUGGAUUCAUGACAACUAACAAGUUGUUUGAUUCUCUAGCUAAAUGUUCAAGUUGGCGGUCGAGUGAAGAAUCCUAUUAGCCUCCAAUAUUUUUGCAAAAUAUAUUGAACUGUUACAAAAUUCAAAGUCAAAAUAUAUGCACACACAUGAUAAAUGUUACGUAAUUUAUGUGGAGUCCACCGUCACUAUACACACAGUGAUUUACUUUUCUCCUUAUAUAUAAAGGAUCGAAUUCGAUCGUUGUAACACACAAUUUCAUUACUUAAAUUACAAGAGAAGUAAUAAGCAAAUCUCUCUUUUGUCUAUAUUUAUAUACACCAUAAAAUAAAGUAAUUAUUUAUAACAUGAACUUUAUAAAGAGAUAAUUCAGUUGAGAUAUUUACCUUAGCAACAGUUCAAAAUCUAGGACAAAAUCAAAAAUAGUUCCCACAUAAGUUAGUUUUCCAAUUAUUUGUUUUUGCUUAUCAUAUCAAUCUCCCCAAAAAAUCAAGUAAUUGUUUUUUAUAUUAUU